CAUAACACUCGUUUGUUUACUAUGUGUUUGGUAUCGUGUUUUUUGUGAAAAUGCAGUUAACCGACAUAUUUUACGUGACGUUAUUGGUAGCUGUUACUGCAUCACUUGCACAAGAGUAUGAAGAAAAUCGGGAAUUAACGAAGCCAAAAAAACAUAACAUAAGAAAGCGUGAAACUAUCGUUCUUUAUGAUAAUUUUCCUGUAGAACCGUUGCAUAAAAGUAAACCCAGCGUGGUCUAUCGAAGAAUAUCCCACCAAAGAUAUAAUAGUAAACCGAAAUAUGGACCACCUAGAACGAAGUAUAGAUACGUAAAACCAUCAAGACGACCCUUAAAAAAAUAUAAGAAAACACCGCAAAAGUAUGGACCACCCACACGAAAGAAACGACCAUAUAAACCAAGAUAUGGACCUCCGAAGUAUAGCCAAAAACCUGUUUAUGGACCUCCAAAAAAAUAUCAUCAAGUGUUUUCAUCAUCAGAACCUGUUGGAUUUGGAGAACCGCCAAAUGACUUUUACCAAGAGUACAGUAACCUAAAGCAAUCAUUUGCAGAACCACCACCGAAUUUUCCCGGACUAUCUAAAGCCGCAAGUAAUUUGUAUCAAUUGCAAGAUUUAAGCAUAAUGGGCCUUGAUACGGAACAAACUUUUAACCUAGACAAUAAAGGUUGGACGAAUAACUUUAACUUAGAUACAAACUUGGAUUUUACCAACAUACAACCAAUUUUUAAAACACCUGAAACACAAUUUGAUGUAACCUUAUCUGAUGACGAUAUAAACGCCUAUGUAGAAUACAAAAACAGAGAUCUCCCAACCGCUGAGGAAGAACAUAAUUUAUAUGAAAGAAGAAGGCAGCCGUACUUUAUUGAUGAUAUUAUUUCCAACAAACACAAAAGAGUAAUGAAACCAAAAACUGAAGCAGAAGAAAUAGUUGUUGGAGGUCAGUACGCAGAACCACCAGCGAGGAUUGUGCACAAAAGCUUAUCCGAAGACAAUCCAUAUGAAGAUGAUAUUUCUUCGAAUAUAGGUUACGUAGAUCCUGACAUAGCUGCUUCAGCAACAAUAUCUCCGUAUGUUAAUUAUAAAAAUAGUAAUAUAGCAUUUAGUCCUCAAAAUCUAAAUGAUGCUUUUAGUAUAAUUGAUAAAAAAUAAAUAA